CCGAGUCGCGUUGCCACAUCCCUACCCGCUCAUCCUAAAGAAUUCAGCAUGCGACGAGCACAAAGCGUCAGACACUACGCUCGGGCCUCUCUAGCCUCUGGCACGGAUGAUCUGGGCGUCUUGAGGGAGGACGAAUCCGUCGAAGAGGUUCUCCGGCGGCAGCUACUCGAGAAGGACAGGGAAUGCGAUAAGUUGAAAAUACAGAUUCAGUCGCUUCAGGGACAGUUGGCCCAGCGACCACCGCUAGAGACGGUUCAGGCGCUUGAGAAAGAGUACACCAAUUUGGAGAUCCUUUUGCAGGGAACGCAACGAGAGAACGAACGCUGCAUGGCGGAGAUGGAGAGAGGGAAGGUUCGGGAGAAGCUGUUGGAACGCGAGCUAGAGAAGCUUGCGGGGGCGAACUGGCAGGCAAACCUGGAGCUGGGUGCUCCCGCACCUACAUCGUCAUUCCAUGCUCGUGCGGCAGGUCUGAUCAGCCCAGGCAAGGGCUCAUCGUCUCCAGGCGGCGCAUCGAAGACAGACGGCGCGACUGCCGAAGCGACCAUGGCGUACAUCGAGCAGGUGAAGCUGCUCAUCCUCGGCAUGGAGCAGCGGCUACAGACGCGCGAAGACAAACUAGUCAAACACAUCGAGCGUGCCGAAGCUGAGGGCGCGCGAUACGACGAAGUGCGCAAGCACGCCUUGGCAACAACCUCGUGAGGUGCCCUGGGAACACCUACGGCCAAUGUCUCUCCCUGUUCCGACCGCUCCUCUCGUAACGACACCCUCUUCUCGCUGUAGCAACAUUCAUGUGUACUUGUACGGACCUGGCGGAGUUGGCUAUACC